CAGCUGAUUUUCAUUCAUGCGUUGUCGCUGUUGUUGUUUACUUGUCAUCAGUGCAGUGUCGCCUCGCGUAAUUUUACGACUUUAUCGCGAAAUCACUCGGUACCGUGAAUCACACCAUAAUUCAAAUCGCUUUCCGCAUCUCUUGUGCCUUUUGCGAUGAGUGCCGCGGAAGUGGAAAACAAACCGUCGGACGCCCCGGAACACUGCCCGGGUACGGAGAGUGAAAAUGCGGGCAAGGCUUCUGCUUGUGCUGGCUGUCCGAAUCAGCAGAUUUGUGCCACCGGGCCGAAAGGCCCGGACCCCUCCAUUGCGUUGGUGAAGGAGAAGCUAAAGGAAGUGCGGAACAAAAUUUUGGUACUGUCCGGCAAGGGAGGUGUUGGGAAGAGUACGGUGACGGCCCUGUUGAGUCGUGCGAUGGCACAGUUGAAUCCGGAGCGCAACUACGGCGUGUUGGAUGUGGACAUUUGCGGACCAUCGCAACCGCGGGUGCUGGGUGUGCUGGGUGAACAGGUGCAUCAGUCCGGAUCCGGGUGGUCUCCGGUGUACGUGGAGGACAAUUUGAGCCUGAUGUCCAUUGGGUUCCUGCUGGGAAGUCCGGAUGAUGCGAUCAUCUGGCGUGGACCGAAGAAGAAUGGCAUGAUUCGGCAGUUUUUGACCGAGGUCGAUUGGGGACAGCUGGACUAUCUGGUGCUGGACACGCCCCCGGGGACAUCUGAUGAGCAUUUGUCGGCGACGACGUUCCUGAAGGAGACGGACGGGAACUGGGGAGCGGUGCUGGUGACUACGCCACAGGAAGUGGCCCUGCUGGAUGUCCGGAAGGAAAUUACGUUCUGCAAGAAGAUGGGAAUUCCGGUGGUUGGGGUGGUGGAGAAUAUGUCGGUGUUUGUGUGCCCCAAGUGCACGACGGAGUCGGAUAUAUUUCCGGCCAAGACAGGCGGUGCGGAGAAGAUGUGCGAAGAGAUGGAAGUUCCCUAUCUGGGUAAGCUUCCGCUGGAUCCCAGAUUGGCCAAAUGUUGUGACGAAGGGAAGGAUUUCAUAACGGAGCAUUCCAAGAGUCCCACGGUGAUUGCGUUGCACCAGAUUGUGGCCAAGGUACAGGAAUUCUUCGAUAAGUAAGUCACAUUUUCAAUUAUUAUUUUUUACAGUUUGUAUAAAUUUCCUCGUAUUGAUUCCUACUAAA